AUGGGGGAGUUGCUGGAACAACAUGGUGUGCAGAUUAUGUACACUAAAGUUUGGAGGUCUUUACAACAUGCAAAGAGACUUACUUAUGGUAAUCCAGAUGAAUCAUAUCAGCAACUACCCUCAUAUUUUCACAUGUUAAAAGAAACAAAUCUUGGCAGUAUCACGGCAAUAGAGACAGAUGAAAAUAAUUAUUUUUUAUAUUCAUUUUUUGCACUCGGAGCUUGCCUUCAUGGUUUUCGGUCUUACAUAAGACCGGUUGUUGCCGUUGAUGCCACACAUUUGAAAGGUGAACACAAAGGGGUGAUAUUUGUUGCAACUUGCAAAGAUGAGGAGGAAAUGAUUUAUCCCAUCGCUUUUGGAUUUGGAGAUGGUGAGUCUGACAGAUCAUGGAUAUGGUUUUUGAUGAAAUUGAGAGAGGCUAUCGGAGUGCGAGAAGAUUUAGUCAUUGUUUCUGAUCGUCACCAAAGCAUUGCGAAUGCGAUGAGUCAUGUCUUCCCUUCUGUCCCACAUGUCUUUUGUUUCUUCCACCUUAAGCAAAACUUGAAGAAACGUUAUAGACAGCGAAAAGAUGUGAUGACUGCAUUCUACCUUGCAGCAUACAGUUACACCACAAUAGAGUGUGAUACAUACUUGGCAGAAAUACAAUCGAUGCAUCCUCAGACUCAUUUGACAUUGAUGGAAGCAAGACCGGAAAAAAAUGGUUUAGUGAUAGACGUGCUGCAGCUGCCAGACUCGAAACCAUUGUGA